GUAGAAACUAUUGGCGACGGUUACAUGGUUGUGUCUGGUCUGCCUACCAGGAACGGAAAUGAACAUGCAGUUCAAAUAGCUCGCAUGUCCUUGGCAUUAUUGCACGUUGUCGCCAAUUUUACACCAAUAGAGACUUCUGAAGACAGACUUAUGCUGAGGAUCGGAUUACAUUCAG